CCUACCGUUUGCUAUAAGUCUGUUCGGUCACUACUGGCAUUCGGUAUUUAACACUUCUGUCGCUUUUCUAAAUCAGUGGGACCCCUUUGGUGUUCUCGUCAAGUUCUGGUAAAAAGAGGGUUAACGUCUGACUUUGCGAGAGAGUGGCGUAAAAGAGAGAGAGAGGUAAAAAAAUCCGCGCAUCGAUCCACAACAGUCUUACGAUGUACAUCGUCAUUUAUAAAUUCCAGCGUGAGUUCGAAUACGUAAUGGCGGCUCAACAGGUUGCGAUUCGCGAUGGACAGGACGUGUUGUGGCAGAUUGAAAAUGAAGAAUUUGUACCGGACGGUGAAUCUGAUAUUGACGAUUUUGAUGGAUCUGAUUUUUCUGAAGAAGAAGAAGAAGAAGAGGUAUUUUGGUCUACUGCUGAGAACGAACAGUCAUCAGAAUGGACCCUUAGCACACCAACCAGUACCUCAUCGCCACAAAUUCGAAGGCGAAUUGCUCAUAAACGACAAGAAAGUCCCAUAAUACCGAUAAGCAGAACAAGUUGUCGCCCGUCAACUCUGAGGUCUAGGCAAACUUACAAUUGGGAAAAGUCCUUCGCCGGAAGAUCACUGCGGGCUUUCGGCGGCAAACAAGUGGUGUGCAAUCGACACCUUAAUAGCGAUUCCAGUGCGCUUGACUGUUUUCUUCAAUUUGUAAAUACACGUGUGAUUGGAUUCAUUGUUGAGAUGACUAACCUCAAUGCUACUCGAAAAUUGCACACUCAAUCUAUCAAUAACUGCACCGAAGAGAAGGCUUGGAAAGCCGUUGAUGCAGUGGAGAUGUAUGCUUUUCUUGGAUUGGUCAUUCUUAUGGGAUCAUCCGGUCUUCCAAACCUGAAUAUGAUGAAGAACACGAGGAUAAAAGACCGUGAAAAGAAGAGCUGGGCGUGGAAGAGCAACCGGGUUGGUAGAAAUACAGUGCCCCCUUACUUACUGAUUACAUACGCUCACAUGGGGGCGUAG